CCUACCAGUAUAAAUCACAUUUAGCUCAAGUCACGUGUCGACUGCGGGGAAAUCUGAAAGCCUCCAGCUCGCCCCCUCGUGGCUGCGAGGCAAAUGGCUUUAAGUCACUGGGGCACUUGGCAUAAAAAGCACACACACACACGCACCAACACAAUAUAGUCUGAACGCACGCACACACACACGCACUGCCUGCCUGCCUAACAACCCAGGUGCUCUUUAAAGCAGGAAAUCGAGAGCCCAGACAUUGUCUCGCCCGGCCAUCAAGUGGUCACAGAAGCAAUGCCGCGCGGCGCUGGCACGCUGACGACGCGUGAGCAAAUCGCGCAGAUGGAGGAGGUGAGCUCGAGGUGUUGUCUGAGGAGGUCGGGGCGAGUGCCGCACUGAUGGACCGCGUAUCGAGAACAAGCAGGCGUGGUGCUGUUGCGACAGGGGCAUUGUUAACGCCCGGCGUAGUGGCAGAGACUUCGCACGCAGCUACCCCAAUAGACCGGGAAACGAGCCUCGCUCGUUUGCCUCGCCUCGUCUUCUUGUUGCUCUGUUGUCGGCUCGCAGUCCUGGAAACUCACUCGACGGUGAUAUGACCGAGACCGAGUUCAUCCCACCUCCGGGCGGGGAGGCAGGUGAACGAGGCGUGGCUGCCGGCGGCGGCGGCGAGACGGGCGAUCGUGUGGAAGGGAACGAUAACGCAACGGACGUGGUGGCUGAGAAGAAGCACAUGGCAGCCACCACCCCCGCCACACAGAUGGUCGAGCUGCCCGCGGGUGAUCACCAGGGUAGCGAAGGUCCUGAUGUGCAUCAUGGCCAGGUCCUGCGGCAAGUCGUGGGGUCGGCAGCUCACGACGACGACGAUGGGGUGGAGGUGGCGUGGGAAUCCGAACGGGCAGCAGUGGCGGCAGCAGCAGCAGCAUCGGCGUCAGCGGCCACCGAGCCAGCUGCAGGCGGCAGCAGCUCCACGCCGCCGUACGCCAACAAGACGAGGCUCUACUGUCGCCGCUGGGUCAUCGUGACGAUCUUCAGCGUCUACUCGCUGUCCAACGCCUUCCAGUGGAUCGAGUACAGCAUCAUCAACAACAUCUUCGUGCGCUUCUACGGUGUCGAUUCUGGCGCCGUGGACUGGCUGUCCAUGGUCUACAUGCUGGCCUACAUCCCGCUCAUCUUCCCCAUCACCUGGCUGCUCGACCACCACGGGCUGCGCACCACGGCGCUGCUGGCCACGGUAUUCGACGCCCUGGGCGCCUGGCUCAAGGUGGCGAGCGUGAGGCCGGAUGGCCUGGGAUUCGGGGUCACGGUGCUGGCCCAGACCCUGUGCGCAAUCUCCAACGCCUUCAUCAUCGGCAUGCCCUCGCGAGUGGCCGCCGUGUGGUUCGGACCUCAGGAGGUGUCCACGGCCUGCGCUCUGGGCGUCUUCGGGAACCAGGUGGGGAUCGCACUGGGAUUUCUUCUACCGCCCCUGAUUGUUCCUUACUCGGAGGAGGUCUCCGAGCUCGGCUACAACAUCAGCUGCAUGUUCUACGGAGCGGCGGCCGUUUCCACCGCGGUGUUCCUGCUCGUCACCCUACUGUUCCGGGAAAAACCUUCUCUACCUCCGAGUCCAGCACAGGCACUGCUCUGGUACAACCCUCCCGAGCAUGAGUACUCCUACUUGGGCUCCUUGAAGCGCCUCAUGUACAAUCGCGGCUUUGUGCUUCUCGCCAUCACCUAUGGGAUCAUCACCGGCGUCUUCUACGCCAUCUCCACUCUCCUCAAUCAGAUGCUGAUCGAGCACUACCCGGGCGAGGAGAUUAACGCUGGGCGUAUUGGCCUCACCAUCGUCGUGCUCGGCAUGGUGGGUUCAGUGGCGUGUGGCAUGUGGCUUGACCGCACCAAGACCUACAAGCAGACGACCCUGCUGGUGUACAGCCUUUCGUUUGUCACCAUGGUCAUCUUCACAUUCACGCUGGAUCUCGGCUACAUCUGGGUGGUUUUCGUCACUGGUGGGGCCCUCGGUUUUUUCUGCGCGGGGUACCUGCCCGUGGGAUUUGAGUUUGCGGUCGAGCUCACGUACCCGGAGUCAGAGGGCACCUCGUCCGGGCUGCUCAACGUUUCGGCCCAGGUGUUUGGGAUCAUCUUCACGAUUGUGCAGGGCAGGCUGGUGACCGAAUUCUCCCCCAAGGCUGGGAACCUCUUCCUGUGCACCUUCCUUCUGAUUGGCACCAUCAUGACCGUGUUCAUCAAGUCUGACCUGCGACGGCAGAAAGCCAGUCUUGCUGGCAUGCAGGGGGUUGAGCCGCUGAAGCAGGCCCUGACUGAGAUGGAGCCCAAUGGCGUGUGUGCCACCUACCAGCCACCCACCGUCCGCGAGAGCCUGGCGUGAGCGGGCAGAGGCCGGUUCAGCUGAAGGGAAGAGUGGCCGCCCGCGUGCGUUGCUGGAGCCGUAAAACGCAACGCAAACCUCUGACUCUGCCUCCCCAUAACGAGUUCCCCAAACUGCAGACAGAGGGAGCAACAAGAACGCGCAAAGAGAGAUCCUGAAAACAUUGGCCUCAAUCGCAACACGUGGGGGCGGCAUGUGUACCAAGAUGAGAUUUUGAUUCUUGAGAUAAAACAGAGGGCUUUUAAUUUAACCACAGAUUAUUUUCUAGGCCACUGAUAGACCGGCAGGUGGCGCACGACCAAAGCCACAGCAAUAGCGACAGGUAUAUUGGACGGUGGUGUACUGGGUCUGAACAUGUUUUUCUGGGUCGCUGACCCGGGACACACGUGGCUGCCACUAAGCUCUGGACGAAACGCUUUCACGCGACGAGAGUCCCGACUGCAAAGCCUCGAGAAAUGUUGAGUGAGCGACCGUGUUUGGUAUAAACAAAACACGGUCGUGAAAGCAAGGGGCUGUUGAGUAUGGUGAUGAAUGCACUAUCUUUAUUGUGUGCGUGUCUUUCAACGUAGAAUCCGACAACCUGAGGAGAUUGAAUUUUAACCAUUUAAAUACAUUCCUAAAAAAAAUGUAUAUUCUCAAACGUAGACACUGGAUGCAAUGUUAACGAAACCAAACUGGUUGCAGGGGGUAAAAAAAAGAAUGUAAAAAAUGCAGACCAAUGCACUUGAUUUUGUCGUAUACAUAGACUGCGUGUGUAGGUAAUAUUUGCACGAUUUCUACAUUUAAUGUCGCUGAAUGUAAAGCCCUUGCCUUAAUUGCGUAUACAUUCUCCAUUGUGUUGACCUUCAUAUGUAUUUCUGUGAUUUUUUUGUAACUAAUGCCUGUGAGGUGCGAUGAGGGUGAGAAAGGAUUGUGUGUACAAGCUUAAUGCUUUAUUAAUUAUCGUUGAAACUUGAGCGCUGUCAUUAAGCGGAACAAUUUAAAACAUAUACGCAAUGUUUACAAUGUAUGCAAUCAACGAUCAACUAUGCUAUAUAAAAAUAUGCAUCGUCUGCUAGAUAUUUUAAUGUAGACAGUUCGUUAAUAUGUGCUUAGAAUAUUUCAUGUAUCUUAGUUUCUGAAUUUUUUGUCAUUUAAUUUACUCCGAAGCUGUACCGCUGUGUGUGGUUAUUAAAGAAUGAUUUUGUGCCAGUAGCAAUAUAAUAAUAAAAGCAAUUCUUUUACUGUG